AUGAACAUCGGCAUGAUUCAUUUUGAAAUCGAUAAUUUUGAUUUGGCACUGGUAUAUUUUGAAAAAAUAAUUGAACUGCAGUUCAUACAAGAUGCAGGCUCGGAUUUACAAGAUAUAUUGAAACAUAACCCCGAUCUUAUAUCUGAUCAAGAUCGUGAAUCACCAUCUGGCCUUAAAGCCGGCAUGAUCUUUAAUCCAUAUCUACUGGCCGAUGGCUACCAUAAUAUCGGAAAUGUUUAUGUAAAGAAAGACAAUUUAGAUUUGGCAUUGCAAUAUUAUAAAAAAAGCACUUGA